GACGCCGCCACCGCCCCGAGAUCCUCCACUGUGCGUACCCCACUUCACGUAUGAAAUGACUUUGAUGAUUUUAAAUGUCUCGUUAAACACAAGGGACAGUAUACAUAUACUUAUGUUACUUUGCGAAGAUAUUCGCGUUUAAUACAGCAAAUCCAUUCGCAAGCUGUGACCAUGAAGAGAUAAGACGUAUAAGAUACUAUCAGUUUCGUGUUUGCUUUAUCUUUAUGUCAGAAUAAAAGCAGACACGCACACCCAUUAUGCAGCAUGAUUGUUUGUCAGAACGGCAAGUUAACUUCUUGAAACGCCAGGGAAUACUUUGAUAAAUGUAACAUGCGUGCAAAAACAGGUAUUUCAAAUAAAAAAACAGGUAUGUUGCUAAUAUUAAAAGACGCAGAAUGUGUAACAAGUGAUAAUAUCAAAAUAAGUUUUGGAUCAUAUCUGUAAUAUAAUCAGGGCAAUUUCAUUUGGCUCACUGCUAUCUUUCAUGAUGCUGAGUGGCGUUAGAGCGUCUGACUGUAAUUAUUCUCUAAAUUUGACACCUGGACAAAUAUAUUAUGUGAUAAAUCCUGGAUAUCCUAAUGGCUACAAAGGCGAAAAUCAUUGCGAAUGGCGAUUAACAAGUCCUUAUGUUAUCUAUAUAACUUGCAGCAUUGAUAUACCACGAGAUCGCGACUGCAGUGCAGGUAGUCUUACUAUAAAAUUUCCUGGACAAAUUAUUCCACCCAAGUAUUGCGGCAAAGGUAAUGUUACCCUAGAAGGAAAGAACCCCACGAUAACACUGGAUACACCGUCUUGGGCACCGGGAGGUGUAUUUUUAUGCCAAGUUCAAUCAGAAAAACCAUUUGAUGAAUACGAUUGCGAGUGCGGUUGGAAAAAUCCUACAAAAGCGCCGACAAUAGUAGGUGGUUCGGAAACUGGAGUAAAUGAAUAUCCUAUGAUGGCUGGGCUUUACGAUAAUUCCAUGAAAGUGUUGUACUGUGGUGCAACCAUAAUAUCCAACCAGCAUGUAAUAACGGCCGCCCAUUGUCUAGAAAACAGAAAUAUUAAUAAUAUUUUCGUUGUUGUUGGUGAACAUGAUGUUAAUACAGUUACAGAGACGAAUGCGACCAAGCCGUUUCGCAUUAGCAAGUGCGAUACACAUCCUUAUUAUCGGGGUAGUGAAAAUGAUAUAGCUGUUUGCAAGAUUAUAGGAACCAUAGAAUUCAGUACUGCGGUCGGUCCGGUUUGUUUACCGUUUCAGCACCAUCGAGACACAUUCGGUGGUGCUAUUGUACAAGCAUUGGGCUGGGGUCUAUUGGAUUUCGGUGGCGCCAAAUCGUCCACGUUACAGAAAGUCCAUUUGAAUGUAAUAAAUCCAGCGAAGUGCAAAAGCUAUUAUCCCGGUAUAAACAUGGACAAUCACGUAUGCACUUACACUCCAGGAAAGGACACCUGUCAAAUGGAUAGCGGUGGACCUGUCUUGUGGCAAAAUCCUACCACUCAUAAUCUGGUAUUAGUUGGUAUUACGAGUUUCGGUGUUGGUUGUGCCGGUGACGAGCCCGCCGUUGAUACACGCGUAGGAGCUUAUAUAGAUUGGAUAAUGAGCGUAACACGCGGUGUUCGCUAUUGCAAAAUGGAAUAAACAUGCAUGCCGAAAAGGAAUAUCGGAUACGACUGUGGAUUUACAUUUGUACUUUAUUCUCCUUUCUCUCAAAGAAAUUGCUAUUCUCUCCGUAUGUUUUCCAAUGUACAGAAAGAAUAACAAUUCAUUUGAAAGGAAGGAGAAUAAUAUAUUCACAAAUAUUAAUAUAUAAUAUCAAAAUAGUAAUAAAUAUUUUAACGUAUUCACAAAUAUUAAUGUAACUUAAUAUUUAUCUAACUUGAUGCUGAAAGCUAUUAAAACAGUCUUGCUCAUGGAGGAUUUUCCCUACUGUUAAAAUCGAGUAUAUCUAGCAUCUAAAAACAAUGAAACGAUUCAAGCAAUCACCGUACAUGCUUUCCAUCAUUUUAUUCGUUUCAUAGUAUAUUUUCGACGAGCGUCAAUAAGAGACUCGCAACGUCACAACUAAUGACUAUUAAUGCUUUGAAAUUUGGGAUGGUCAAGCUGUAUUAGCAGCCAAUCAUCAAGGAAUAACGCUAUUGGAAAAAAAGUUUUUAAAAUUAGUCACAGCAGAGCAUGUGACAGACCGUGUAUGUAUAAUAAAUAAAUAAAUAUAAGUAUA